GCUUCGCCGACACCGGGGCCUACUGGCGCUCCUGGUACGAUGCCCCCACCUUUGAGGAGGACCUGGAGCGCCUCUACCACCAGCUGGAGCCGCUCUACCUGCACCUCCACGCCUUCGUCCGGCGCGCGCUGCACCGCCACUAUGGGGACAGAUACAUCAACCUCCGGGGACCCAUCCCCGCCCACCUGCUGGGGAACAUGUGGGCCCAGAGCUGGGACGGCAUCUAUGACAUGGUGGUGCCGUUCCCCGACAAGCCUAAUCUCGACGUCACCGGGACCAUGGUGCAGAAGGGCUGGAACAGCACACACAUGUUCCGGGUGGCAGAGGAGUUCUUCACCUCGCUGGGGCUCUUGCCCAUGCCCCCUGAGUUCUGGGCCGAGUCCAUGCUGGAGAAGCCCACUGACGGGCGGGAGGUGGUGUGCCACGCCUCGGCCUGGGACUUCUACAACAGGAAAGACUUCAGGUCUGGCCACGGGAG